CUGUGCCACCUCCCCAUGCUGGGGCUUGCCUGCUUCCUUAUCUCCAGAAGCCAGAGGUGAAAACAGCAGGAGGGGCUCUUUUUUACAAGGCUGACUGGGUCCCAAAGAACAGCCCAGUCUUGUGUUGGCUUAGCUGUCAUCCCCCUCUGCUUGAGCAAGCAUGCUCCUUACACAGAAUAGGUGUUGGUGGCUCUGACACAGGUAUCCUAUCACACUGACUUACCUGGCCACAUACCCUUGACUUUCUUUAGUGCUACUUUACUGAAAUGUUGAAAUGUCAAUCAUCUGCCAUGUUAAGAAGAUGUGUUAAUUCCCUAACUUUAAAAAAUAAUCAAAUUUUAUGUAUCAGUUUUGCUUUUCUUGAUUUUUUUUUGGUAAGACUUUAGGAGAUAGGUUUUCAACCUUUUCUUUGCAAUUAGGAUGGUUGGUGAUUAUUUGCUAAAACAAAAGCUGACAUUCUCAUCUAUGUGCUCCAGGGGCACCGAGGUGAUGAUAAUCUUUUAAAAUCCAUGCCAGGAAUCGUGAGCUGUUGCAUUGGUGCUGCUUCCCAUGGCUUUGCCAUGCGUGAUGCAGCCAGUGGUGCUGGGCUGCCAGUUUGUCCCCAGGGUGUGCCAGCUGUGGUGCCUUGGGCACGGCUCCUUGUGCCCCCACACAGCCAGGGGGGAGCAGAGCCAUCCCUCCACCUCCCUCACUGCUCAGCAGCCUGAAGCAGAGGGACAGACAUCCUCUGGCGUGCUUGCAAGUCUGAUCAAGGGCCCAGCUUCUUCAGCCCAGUGUUGCUCUUGUUUACCUUUUAUCCGGGAAUUAUUUAUUUAUGUUUGGAUUCUACAGGGCUUGAAAUAUCCAGGAUUAAAGAGCUUUGCUCCAGAUAAGCCAGGUGAAAUAUUUUUGAUGGAUUUGAAUGAAGACAGUCCCAGAGCAGUGGAACUGAGAAUCAGCCGAGGGUUUGAUCUGGCAUCAUUUAACCCUCAUGGAAUCAGCACCUAUGUAGACAGAGAUGACACCGUGUACCUCUUUGUUGUGAACCAUCCCCACCAGAAGAGCACAGUAGAAUUGUUUAAAUUUGUAGAAGAUGACAAUUCUCUUGUACACCUGAAAACCAUUCGACAUGACCUUCUGACAAGUGUGAAUGAUAUAGUAGCCGUGGGACCAGACAGUUUCUAUGCUACCAAUGACCACUACUUCACUGACUUCCUCUUGAUGUUCUUAGAAAUGUUCUUGGGUUUAACCUGGUCAAAUGUGGUUUACUACAGUCCAAAAGAAGUUAAAGAAGUAGCAUCUGGGUUUUAUUCAGCCAAUGGAAUUAACAUUUCACCUGAUAGAAAGUACAUCUAUGUUGCAGAUGUAUUGGAUCACAGUGUCUAUGUCAUGGAAAAACAUGCUAACUGGAGUUUAACCCAUGUGAAGAUGCUGCAGCUGGACACUCUGGUUGAUAACUUGUCUAUUGACCCUCGCACUGGAGACAUCUGGACAGGGUGUCAUCCCAAUGGGAUGAAGAUGUUCUACUAUGAUCCUGAAAAUCUUCCUGCAUCUGAGGUCCUGCGCAUCCAGAACAUCCUCUCAGAGAAGCCUGUGGUGACACGUGUCUACUCUGACAAUGGCUCUGUGCUGCAGGGAAGCUCAGUGGCAUCCAUCUAUGAGGGAAAACUGCUCAUUGGCACAGUCUUCCACAGAGCUCUCUACUGUGAUCUAUAGCUCAUCACGGGCAAGACCUGCUGCUGUGGAAAGGAUUGGAUUUCUUGGGAAGUCACUUAGUUUCUGCCACAUCUGCUAACAAGACUGUUCCAAUAAAGGUUUACUACAGUAAUGGAAAUGUAUUUUAGCCUUCCUCUCCAAAAUGAGACUUCUACGCAAUAGUAAAGGAAAUGGAAGUGAAGGUGAGAAAUUAGUUUAUCUGUGUAAUGGGGAGGACCCCAUGUCGUUAACACAGGGUAACCUUUGAAGUUCAAUUUCAGAUUGCAAAUGACUAAACUAUCAGACACUGAAUUAUGUGCUGGCUGGAAUUCUGGUUUGUUGUUUGGUUGUUUUUCUCCUCCAUGGGAAAACUGAUUUUGUAAAUGAGAAUUGCUGGCUACCA